AUGAGAACGCCUGACAUGAGAACGCCUGACCCGAGAACGCCUGACCAGAGAAUGCCUGAUCCGAGAACGCCUGACCCGAGAAUGCUUGAGCCGAGAACGCCUGACCCGAGGAUGCCUGACCCGAGAACGCCUGACUUGAGAACACCUGAUCCGAGAACGCCUGACCCGAGAAUGCCUGACCCGAGAACGCCUAAUCAGAGAACGCCUGACCCGAGAAUGCCUGACCCGAGAACGCCUAAUCAGAGAACGCCUGACCCGAGAAUGCCUGACCCGAGAACGCCUAAUCAGAGAACGCCUGACCCGAGAAUGCCUGACCCGAGAACGCCUAAUCAGAGAACGCCUGACCCGAGAAUGCCUGACCCGAGAACGCCUAAUCAGAGAACGCCUGACCCGAGAAUGCCUGACCCGAGAACGCCUAAUCAGAGAACGCCUGACCCGAGAAUGCCUGACCCGAGAACGCCUAAUCAGAGAACGCCUGACCAAACGCCUAACCCGAGGAUGCCUAACCAGAGAAUGCCUGACCCAAGAAUGCCUGACCCGAGAAUGCCUGACUGA